AUGCAGAUGGGAGUAGCCCACCUGCUGAGACUCUACGAACAUGCCCUGAGCCGCGCGCCCGCUACCAUCACUGGAGUUGUUGCUGGGUCGCUCGGCUUUCUGGGGGAUGCCCUUGCGCAGCAAGUGGAGCGUCGCCGUGCCACGUCUUUGGCAUCCGGGUUCGACAAGAAGCGAAGUUUUGCCUUCACGCUCUACGCCAUCGGCUGGGGGGCCUUCGGCUUGCGACCCUGGCUCAUCCUGUUGAACAGGCGAUUUCCGGGAAGUGCUCCGUCGGAUAUCUGCAAAAAAGUUGCGGUCCAGCAGUUUGUUUGGAAUCCGAUUGUGUAUCUUCCCAGCUUCUAUGUGCUCAACGGCACCUUUCGCUUGGAUCUCGAUUUGCACUCAGCCUUAGAUCCCUCUUCAAGAAACGCUGUUUCUCAAAAGGGGGCCAGGACAUGGACUCACUCGUCGCGAGAAUGCGCCACGAGUACGUCGACUGCCUCGUGUACAUCUGGAAGGUGUGGAUUCCGCUGUCCUUCAGCAUCUUUGCCUUCGUCCCGGUGCGGCACCAGGUGGCGGCCAACUUCCUUGCAAACUUAA